AUAAAAUCCCAAACAACAACAAUCAAUCGAAACACACUCUCAAAUUCCCGAUUUUGCCUUUUCUUCAGGGGCCUCGACCACAUCGCCGUGGUUUUCCCAAUCGGAGACCGGGCCGGGCCGGGCCGGGCUGUUGACGCGAAUCGGAACCACCAUCGAGAAUGUCCGAGCUAGCUUCGGGUUCGCACAUCAUUUCUCGGAAGUGUCGAAUUCGGUGCGAAAUUAGAGGGAUUUGUAGGAAUAGUUGCUUUUGGUUGAGCUGUUAAUUUUUGUUUUCAAAUGUUGUCGAAUUAGGUUUCGGCGUAUUUCUUAUUUCUCGAAAGUUUUGGUUUGGGGAUUGCUCUGAAAUUCACGUUUUUGGGGGAGAGAAAUCUGGUCUUUGAUGCCGACAAUUCUAGGGUUUCAAUUUCUGGUCUACCCAAUUUGUUUGUCCUAAAAUUUAUCCCCAAUUUUUUUCUAGCCUUUUAAAUUGUUCUGAUUAUACACCGAGUUCGAUUUUGGUUCUUUCUUAGAACAGACAAAAACGAUGCACAUCGAAGAACUGAAAGAGAUUAGUGAUUCAGGGAGUGGUAAAGAUGAUCUAUGUAAGGGUGAAUUGGUUGUCUGGGAUCCGAAAAGGGUUUUAGUCGGAGCAGGAGCACGUGCCCUGUUCUAUCCUACGUUGCUGUACAAUGUUGUCCGAAACAAGAUCCAGCCUGAGUUCCGCUGGUGGGAUAGGGUUGAUGAGCAUGUCUUGCUUGGAGCUGUUCCGUUUCCCGCCGAUAUUCCGCGCCUAAAGGCUCUUGAUGUAGGCGGCGUGGUUACCUUGAACGAAUCGUACGAGACAUUGGUUCCGACUUCACUAUAUCAUAAUUACGGCAUCGAGCACUUGGUGAUUCCCACCAGAGACUAUCUUUUUGCUCCUUCUUACGUCGAUAUCUGCCAAGCCGUCGAAUUUAUCCACGGUAAUGCGCUCUGUGGCAAAACGACGUACGUGCACUGCAAGGCUGGCCGUGGACGUAGCACCACAAUUGUUCUCUGUUAUUUGGUUAAGUACAAGGAAAUGGUGCCCGAAGAUGCGUACGAGUACGUGAGGUCCAUUAGGCCGCGGGUUCUAUUGGCCGCCUCUCAGCGGCAGGCCGUUCGGGAUUAUUAUUAUCUUCAUAUGGUGAAGAAGCCGGAAACUAAGAUUCGCAUGAUCGAUUACACUCCCGAAAGCGCUCCAAGAUCUGGUUUCGAUUUUGAGGGAUGUGACGACGAUAAUUCAUUGGUGUUGAUUAAUGAUCCCGAAACGGAGAUUCUCGACUAUUCCCCCGAAAUCGCUCCAAGUUCUGGUUUUGAUCUCGAGGACGGUGACGACGAUGAUUCAUUGGUGUUGGUUAAUGAUCCCGGAUCGGAGAUUCGUUUGCUCGAUUAUUCCUCUAACAAUGCUCCAAGCUCUUAUUUGGAUCUUGAGGACUGCGACGAUAAUUCUUUGGUGUUGGUUACCGACUCAGACCUUGAUGGGUAUGAGGAGAAUUCGAUGCGGGAAAUGAAUGUGGCGAGCCGGGUUGUGCAAUUUGCCGGCCAGGCGGCUGUCUCCCGGAUUUCUUGUCUGUGGCUUCGUUGCCACACGGGACAGAAAGUGUUGGGAAAGAAAGUAGAAAGGUCGGAUAGAGAAAUCCGUGUUUAUUGAGACGGGAUGAUGACGAUGCGAAUCGGGCAUUUUUUUUCGUCGUUGUCGGGGUUUGGAUUUUUGUGCGUUGUGGUUUUGGUUUUGGUUCCUUUGAGGUAAAGAGGAGGGGAGAGAAUGUCAUCUUGUUACAGUUUUCAAAGCGUCGGAUCUGGUAAUUGUAGAAUUGGCAGAGUUGAGGUUUGUUUAUUAUCUUGUUUGUUUGUGUCA